AUGGUCUCAACAAAAAAGAUACAAGCUUCUUCUUCUACCUCUUCAACUCAAAAAUCGGGCUUUCUCAAUGCCUUUACAGUCGCAACAACUCUAUUUAUUAUACUUAUAGCAGUCAAUUAUAACUGGUUGACGGAAACUUAUCGUCUCUUCAUUUACAACAGACCUGUUAACCAAAUUGGCUUGGAUAAGUGUAAAGUCGUCAAAGGAUUGGAAGGAUUUGAAGGAUGUGAGGAUAUUGUGAUUCAUCAUAAAUCAGGAUCUGCUUUCCUUGCAUGCGGCAAUGUGAAAUCGCGAAUGACCGGAUGGUUUCCUCCUCUUGGAAUGUGGAACGAGGUUCCUAUUGUCAAAGAUCAACCAUUUGUAUACGAUAUAAACGCUGGUACUGUGAAACCGCUAAAGCUAGUCAAUUAUCCUGACGAUGAUAUCACCCUGCAUGGUCUCGGGAUAUAUGAUGACCCAAACGAUCCCCAAAAUCCCACUCUCUUCUUUGUAAAUCACAAGAGAUCCGGUAGCGUGAUCGAGAUCUUUGAACACAGAAUAGGAACGGACGAACUGAAACACGUGGAAACGGUCAAGCACGAAUUGAUUCAUGCCCCCAAUGAUGUCGCGCCUAUAUCAAAGAACGAAUUCUAUGUCACAAAUGACAUUAUAUAUAAGAACGAGUUUAUGAGAUAUGCACAAAUCUUUUUACGUUUACCGUACUCGGACGUAGUGUUCCAUUCAGGUAAAACUAAUACUACGACUAUCGUGGCUGAUGGUCUACGAUAUGCAAACGGUAUUGAGAUGAAUCGAGACCAGUCUCGAGUAUACGUUGUAUGCUCGACCGAACCUGCGAUCGUGAUAUACGAGAGAAAGGCUGAUAAUCGCCUCGUUGAGAUAGAAAGGAUACUCACUACUGAGGGCUUUCCAGAUAAUAUUUCAGUCGACGAUGUAACAAAUGAAUUGUAUUAUACAGGUGUGGUCAGAUCUGACGAGGUACUUCCAUAUGUUAAAUCGGGAGGGAAAACACAAAAGCCGUCGGCUGCCGCCGUUAAAAUAUCGGACAACGUGGGCGAGGAUAGGUAUUAUGGAAAGAAAUAUGCUCAAGAAAUAAUACUAGAAGACUCUGAAACUUUUUACUCGCUCACGGUGGCUGCCGUUGAUCAUAGCCGCAACACCCUGUUGCUGGGCUCCAUUUUUAUGAAAGGAAUUGGUGUCUGCAAAUUGAACUGA